AUGCAUUCUUCCAUCCUCACUUUCGCCCUCCUUACCACUCCCAUUUACGCCGCCACUAGUGCGCGCGUCUGGGCACACUUCUACCCCAGCUGCCCUGGGGAGCCUUUUUCGGACCUUGCCACCUACGAAAACUAUGAAGAAACCGCCCCAUCCAUCGACAUCAAAGUUGGCGAAUGCACCAACAUUGGUGUCCCAUCCUACGAGCACAACCUCGUCAGUGCCAUUUCCGUGGACGCAGAGCUGCUCUCCCGCGAACACAACAAUUAUUUUUCAUCUGACAGCACAAAUUGCAAUAUCACCGUACACGAAGUCCCCGAGUGCGUCGAGCCACCUCUAAUUGUCAAGGAGAUUCGCAACGGCGUUGAAGUCAGCGAAUGUGAGCCCCGUCGAUUUGCUGCCUUCAGCGAGGUGUGGUUGCAGCUGGUCUGCGACAACGCUGGCACGGAGUCUCUCGAGAACCAGAGCGAAGAUAUCCCGCGCAUCGAGGAGACUGCCAAGAUUCAACAGGCCAGCAAUGUCCAGACUCCCGGCUCCAACUCAAACUCAUGGCACGUGGCGCAGUCCGCCCAGUCUGAGCGCGAGCCUGAGCAGGAAGGUCGUGUUAACAAUGCUGGCCAUGCUGAGAGCGAGAACAUGGUGCUCGGCAUCAUGGAGAAGCUUGCGCAGAAGCACUCGCACUUUGUUUCGGGUAAGCAUCAUGCUACCCAGAGCAAUGUGUCGCAUCACAAUGGCACUGCCCCGGGCAACCACACUAUGUCGCGGAGGAAGUUGUCUGUCCUGCGCAACCGGUCCAAUCGGUUGUAUUAA